ACCAUAACACUAAAGCAUCGGAAAGGAGUACUUUUUAGUGAAUUAUUUGCUUUAAAUUGUUUAUUCGAGAUGAAGGGUGUGUUUUUGCCUCUCAUAGCAUUGAUACUUUAUGUAUCUUCAGUGAAUGCAAGCCAUGGUACAGAUGUUUUUUGUGGAGAACACAUUGACAUAGUCCCUAAUAAUGAGGUAGAAAUUACAACUCCAAACUUUCCCGAUAAGUAUCCAAACAGAGUUAAUUGUACAUGGACCUUCUGCUCCGUGAAUCCAAACAUAAUUGUUUUGGACUUCUUCAUAUUUCAACUAGAACAAGAUAGCGACUGUGACAGUUUUGAUUAUGUCAAUAUUUAUGACGGCGAAUACAUAGGACCAAAUCUUAUUGCAACAUUUUGCGGUGAUAAUUACUGUGAAGGAUACCAGACUGGAUUUUACCCAUUUGAAGAAGUUGAGAGCACAGGAAGAUGUAUGACCCUCUACUUUCAUACAGAUGGUUCCGUCCGACACCUAGGUUUCCUAGCAAGGAUUAAUUCCAUGCCUGGUAUGUAA